GGCUCUUCGCAUGCGCCGCGGCGCUCUCGUAGUCCCCGCUGCUGUUCGCCGGAAGUGGCGGCGCGAUCCUGCGGGCCGGUACCGCGCGGUCGCCGCUGCCUCCCGGUGAAGAGUCGCCGCCGCCGCCGCUGCUCCGCGCUCAGGCGUCGGCGGGCGCGCGGGGUGCUCGUGGCCGCAGCCCGGUGUUCGCGCACCGGUUCUGGUCUUGCCGGCGCGCCGUCGGCGAGUGUCGCAUGCGCAGCGCCCGUCAGCAGCGCGGCGGCGCGCAGAGCCCGGGUCCCGGCAGGGGCGGCAGCAGGAAGAAGAAGAAUGCCUAGGAGAGAUGGGUAAAGAAGAGCAGGGGGAAGAAACAAGACCAGAAAAGCAGUGCGGAAGAUGCCAGUGAAGAGCAGGGAGAAGAGAAGCAGCAGCCUCCAGCAGGUCAGGCAAGAAACUGCCCCUCCCAGAGCAGAGUCCCAGAAAAAGGAAGAGGGUGAGAAGUUGCAGUCUUGGCAGACUGGAAGCUCUGCAGAUCCACUAGGAUGUGUAGAGCCAAUGGAGAUACAGGCGGUCCUUGAUGUGCCAGCUUUGUGUCUCACAGUGCCCAGACAGGUUUGUGACCUACAUUGAUGUUCAGGCUUCCUACAGAUACAAACUCGAUCAAUGGAAUUACUUCAAGCAGUUCUGCAAACCUGGUUUUAACAGUCCUCUCAAGAAUGUCUAGUGCUGGUGGCUGGUACUUGAGCUCACCUGGCAUAUGAGGAACUGACACUUGCUGUUAUGUAUUGUUUUGGGUGCUAAUACCAUUCAUGAAGAAGAAGCCGCAGUUUUUGUAAGCUGCCCAGAUGCUGACAGAGAGUAAGUUCUGCAUUUAUUACAAAUUCUUAAACUGCUACAGAUACUACUGUUGUUAUUCAGUAGCACCUAGAAUCUCCAGGUGAAAGCUGUGAUCUCACUGUGCUUGAGCUGGGACAAAAAGUCCCAGAGCAUAAAAAUCCUAAUUUUGAAUAUAAUGGCUCUUCCAAGACUUGUCAACAUUCCAUUAGAUAAUCAGCUGAAAAACAAUAGACCUUGACUCUGAAAUUGUUUAAAUAUGUUACAAAAGACAAGCGACAAAAGUGGAGCUUGACAUGAGGUGUAACACUUCUGGUUUCUUUUGGUAUUUUGGAUAGUUCUUAAGAGAUGCUUCCCAGACUUCUCCAUGAAGAGCGGUGUGCUAACCGUGGCAAAUCAGACUACAUUCAAAGAUGGAACAGGGAAAACAAGAAAUGUAACCGAUCUCAGGGAAGCUGCAAAGGAUUUUAAACGGAGGACAUAAACCAGCAACCUCCCCACUCACAGUGGGCUGUUCAUUGCAAUGAUUGUGAGUCUGCUCUUCCCUGUGUUAUUGAGGUUCACAGCUGGGGUUCUCUUCUGGAUUUUCAUCUUUGGUGUGAUUGGAAUUAUGGGUUAUGGCAUCUGGCAUUGUUACUGGGAGUACAACCAUAUUAAAGGAAUACCUGGAUCUGACUUCACUGUUUAUGAUACUGGAUUCCAGAGAGACUUCAGAGUGUGCCUGCAGCUGAGGCAAACAUGUGCUUGGAAUGAAGCGCUCUUCCUCCUCCUGCAGGCCAUGACCCUUGGCUUCCUCAUGCAGCACUUGGGGGACACACGGGGAGAGGGGCGCUGCUGGCGGCUGGUUACUGGGUAUUACUGGGAGCCCUCCUCUCCCCCCCUACCCCGCCCUGGGCUCAUCACCUUCCUCCAAGUGGCCAAUCUGCCCAUUGUCAUCCUCAGCAGGCUCCUUCAAGCUGCCACCAACUACCACCAAGGCCACACAGGGCAGCUCUCGGGGGUCACCACCACCCUCCUGUUCGGGGGGGCCGGGUGUGGGUCUUCCCUUCAGGACACAGGGCACCCGCUCCUGGCCUUGACCUUCACCACGUCAGCCGCCUGCAAUGGGCUCCCAUUGGGGCAGCUGCUGUAUUAUGGGGGGGGGGGGUGUUGAACCCCCAAACCUCCCCCUCACCGCAAGGUGGACUGACCCCGGAUCCCCCCAUAACCCCCUCCAACGGAACAAACCGGGGGGUGGGGUGUUAAAAAGGGGGUUUUUGUGGGGUCAAACAUCCCCCCGUUAAUAAAAUGGGUUUUCACUGGU